AUGGACAGUGAUCUGAUUGAUAGUAAUACUACUAGUAGUACUACUACUGGUACUACCGGUGCUGUUGGCAAUCGUAUGCUAUUAGUUGAUACCGAUUCCCGUAACAAUGUUAUACGUGUUAACAAAUUGAAAUUGGGUGUUACCCGACACACGUGUAGUCAAGUUAUUGGUCGCAAACGUAUUAUACAUAUGCUAUGCGUAUUGGUUGUCGAGUUUUUCCUGUGCUGGACACCCGUAUACGUCCUAAACGUAUGGGCCAUCUAUAAACCAAAACAGAUAUAUUCACUAUUGGGACCGACAAGCAUAUCAUAUAUACAUUUGCUAUCCUACCUGAGCUCGUGUACCAAUCCUAUUACCUAUUGUUUUAUGCAUAAAAAGUUUCGUAAAGCAUUGAUGGCAAUGAUCCGAAAUCAUGGUUCAUCAACGCACCGUAGUAGUAAUAGUAGUAAUACUACUCCACCUAAACCACCAAUAGUUAAGGAACCGACACUUAGCCAACAAUGGGAUCAACUAUCAGGUAGAAGAUCCAGCUAUAAGCUACCGGUGCUCAGCUAUCGGCACCAAUCAAAUGCAUUGCGUAUACUAUCAUCGGUGUCGGCAUUUAUCAAACUAUUUGAAUCGUUGUUUUGGCUAUCAUUGCUUCUGGAGGCCACACAUAAUGAGGAUGACCAGUCGACACAUACGCUGACCGUUAUAUUGGCCACUGCUUUCAUCAUAUCACUGACCACUGGUGUAUUGGCAACAUUUGGUCCCUGUUUUCACGGACUCAUCCAAUAUAAGACACUAAUGAUGGCAACUGUAUGCGCCUUCCUAUGGGAUUCAGUAGUACUUAUACUAUGUUUUAUAUUAGAUUAUUAUAAACACUCACAAAAUAAAGACAAUCAAACUGAGACAGCAUUUAAUGCAACAAUUGGUGUGAUAACAUCAGUAUCGAUAUUAACAAUAAACUGGAAACUUGUAGCUAAUAAAUGGUAUCAACAAAACUGGUGUCGACAACAACAACAUAUAUAA